UCUUCCUGUUUGUUGCCACAGGKUCUGGGAACAGACGAGGACGUCCUCGUCGAGGUUCUGGCGACCAGGUCCUACACAGAAAUUCAAGAAAUAAAGAAAGUCUUCAAACAAGAGUACCAGAAGGAGCUGGAGGAGGUGAUUAAGGAGGAGACCAACGGCGACUUCACCGCGGCGCUGCUGGCCAUGCUCAACACCAAGCGAGACCAGAACACUGUGGUCGACAUGGAGCUGGCCAAGAAGGACGCCAAGAUUUUGUUUGAAGCUGGUGAAGGCACCGGCAAAGCAAACGUGUCGACCUUCAUCAGCAUCCUGACCACGCGCAGCGGCCCGCAGCUCUCUAAAACGUUCCAGCAUUAUGCUACCAUCAGCGACCUGACGCUGCCGAAAGCCCUGCAGAUGGAGCUGAAGGGAGACAUCGAGGACUGCCUCAUCGACAUCGUGAAAUGCGCCUGGAACACACCGGCUUUCUUUGCUGAGAAACUCAAUCGGGCCAUGAAGGGUUCCGGUACGUGUGAUAAGGCUCUGAUCCGGAUCCUGGUGAGCCGCUCCGAGGUCGACCUGCAGAAGGUCGUGGAGGAAUACCGGGCAAUGUUUGGGAGAACCCUACAUGAGGACAUCAUGAAUGACACCAAAGGACAUUAUCAGAAAGUCCUGCUUGGGCUGUGUGGACCGAACUGAGAACCUGAAGACCUCUGAGGAAGCAAAAAUCARUCAAAUUCAAGUUGUAAUAAAGCCACUCCUUCCACUUAUAUCUCUUUGUUUUCUGUUGCUUGGAGAAAAUUGAGGAAGAAUUAAAAUGUUUGCUGGA